AUGGACGACAACGACACCCUUGCCGCCGUCCUAUCCUACCUCCCGCCGCCCGCCGCCUCUGCCACCGGCUCCCUCUCUUACUCCUUCCCCGCCGCGGACGUUGCCUCCCUCAACGGCGAGGAGGAGGACCGCAUCGGCCGCCUUCCCGACGAGAUCCUCCGCAACAUUGUCUCCCGUCUCCCAACCAAGGACGCUGCCCGCACCACGGUGCUCUCCUCCCGCUGGCGCCACCUAUGGGCUUCUAUCCCUCUCGCCCUCGACGACGGCGCUGGCGGACUCGCCCCCGCCGCGGCGACGUCGGCGCUUGCCUCCCACCCGGGGCCAGUCGUCUCCGCGCGCCUCGCCUCCUCGCAGGACGCCGAGGUCGUCGCCUCCGUGUUCGCCUCCCUCGCCUCCAGGGACGUCGAGGACCUUGUCGUGGUGAUCAAUGGCUCCUGGCCAGUCGAGUACCGCGUCCCCUCCGAGGUCUUAGACUGCGCGGCCCUUGGCCGCCUCUGGAUCGGCCUCAGUCAAUUCCCGGACACGUCCGGCGUCGCUCCGGCCCUCCUCAGUCUGCGGGAGCUCGGCAUCGUCCACUCCUCCGCGCAGGAUCGCGACCUCCACGCCGUGAUCCCACGCUGCCCCGAGCUCGAGACCCUCGCCCUCGUUCUGACGCAGGACCACCCGAGAUACCUCCAUAUCUGGUCGGGGAGCUUGCGCGGCGUGGUGAUUUGGAAGUCGAUGCUCAGAGAGGUGCACCUUGACGAUGCGCCCAACCUGGAUCGGCUGCUGGUGGAGCCGAUUGCUGAUGCUGCCACACACAUUAAAAUCAUUAAAGCACCAAAGCUCAAGAUUCUUGGUUACUUCGAUGUUGGACUGCAUCAACUGAAGAUUGGUAAUACUGUCAUAAAGCUUGAGACAAAGAUAAAGCCAAACGCAAUGGUUCGGACCCUGAGGACACUGGCAUUGAAGGUGCAGUUUGGAGUCGAGGAUCAAGUGAAACUGAUGCCCACCUUGCUUAAAUGCUUCCCAUGCCUAGAGACAUUGUACAUCAAGUCGGUUCCUUCUGAAGCACUGGUUAAUGCUGGCAUAGAAUUCUGGGAUCAAGUUGGCUUCACAGAAUGUGUAUAUUCACAUCUCAAGAAGUGUGUGUUAGAAGCUGUGCGAGGCGAGGAUAAUGAGCUGGCAUUUGCAAAGUUCAUCAUGGAAAGAGCUCAAAUGUUGGAGGACUUGCAUGUUUUUGUGGAUGGCAGUUGUUCAAAAGAUUUUGUGCUAUGUCGUUUAUCUUCUGAAGGGUGUGUAUCUCCAGAUGCUAGAGUUGUGGUGGAGAGGCAAGAUGGCACUGUGUGGGGCUUCCAGAGAGCCAUCGAUUUGUUUCAGAGUGACCCAUUUGGUUGCUGA